AUGCCUCUUUGCCCUCACCAAAGCCCAACUAAGGCUAAGCCCCAAAUUCGAGCCCAGCUCCAGUUCCCUGAGCUCUUAUCUCUCAUCUUCGGCAUCUUGCCGAAGCCCAAAUAUAGCAUCUUGCCCAGGCCGAACGGAGAAGCACUGGAGGCCCGACUUCAAAGACCAUGCCAACUUUACUAG